AUGAGCACUCUCUCAUGCCUCGAGACCCUUGAUAUUGAUCAACUGGAUUUUCAGACCCUCCCCAAGCUUCCAUCUAGCUUAAUAAGACUAACAGUUAGACAGGCAUCAGCACUGACUUCCGUGAACCUCGCGAACUUGGUUAAUCUAAAAGAAUUGGUUUUGGAUAGGAAUCGGAAUCUCAUGGAGCUGGAAAGCAUCUCUAGCCUAAGGAAGCUCAAAAAAAUGGGUUUGUACUUGAUCGAGAUAUCUACCUUACCGGAAGAGAUUGGUGCAUUUCUCUGUCGUCUUAAAGAUCUUGACAUUGUGGGUUGCUACAGACUUAAAAGCCUCCCCAUACUUCCCUCAAGCCUGUUAGCUUUGAAGAUCCAGUCCUGCGGCUCCCUUGAGAGGUUGCCAGACCUUUCAAACUUGAAGAAUUUGUCGGAAUUAUCGGUUAGUGACUGCAGGAAGCUCAGUGAAAUCGAAGGCCUUGACAAUCUCCCGUCCCUGAAGGAUUUGGAUACAAGUGGCUGCCUUUUAACGAGGCUUGACUGUUUGCACAACCUCAAAAGGUUAUGUAUCAACGGGUGCUGGUGGCUCACACAUUUACCCAAGCUACCACCCUCUUUGGAGGUGUUAUCCCUUAAAGACUGCAGCCAAUUGAGCGAAAUUGAGGUGGUUGCAGAGCUGAAGUCGCUGCAAAAGUUGGAUAUAAGCGAUUGCAGAUCGCUCAUGAAGUUGCCGAACCUAUCGAAGUUGAAGAGGCUGGAGCGCUUCGACAUGAGUAAUUGUGAGAGAAUCACGGAAAUUCCAGGACUCGAGGAACUGAGUAAUCUGCGGGAGUUGAACACACUUGGAUGCGAGGCAUUUAUGUCACCCGACCUUUCAGAGCAGCUGAGGGAAAUUCCAGGACUUGAGGAACUGAAUAAUCUGCAAAAGUUAACUCCCGUCAUAUUAUAA